AUGGCCGCCAAGACGAACUCGAGCAGCUUCGAGACGGAAUCCGUGCAGGAAAACGAGCUGGACGCGACGGACCAAGCGCUGGGGGCGACGGUGAUGCUGCCGGGCGAGAAGGAUUUGCUGUCGAACCAGGUGAUCACGGACUACUUCUCCAGCGACGGUCCGCGCGCAAGGAGACUCGACUCGAGCGACUACUUGGAACCAGAGACACGGAGUAUUCUGGACGAAAGCAGUGGGGAUGAAGAACUUCGAGCGUCUGGAGAACAGACAGCAGCACCGUCAUCUGAAGUACGAGAAGAGCAGAUACAUUCGCCGGAGGAUUUUGAUAUGGGGAAUAAGGUGGAGACUGCUGUGGAGACGCCCGUGGAGAGGACCGAGUGGGCGUUAGAGGAAAUGCUGACUUGGGAGCUUGCACUAUCGUUAUUUGUGGUGAUCCUGGCCCUGGCGCAUUGUUUGUGGAUGUGGAACUUGGUGGAACUGAGUGUGCUGAGCGCUGUGAGUAUGGACUUCGGAAGCUGA